GGAUUGGCUGAAUGGGGCUGGUGGGCGGGGCGGAACUAGCCGGAGUCAGAGCGCAGCGGCGGUGUUAGGGCUGCUGUCGCCUCAGAGGCAGGAAGCCUGAGCCGAGAUGGAGCUUCCCAGGCGGGUCGAGCCACCGCGACUGGUAUUGCUGCUGCUGUUGGCGGCGGCGUUGCUGCUUGCUGGUCCCAGCCUGGUCUCUGCUGAUGAAGAAGGAACUCAGGAUGAGUCCUUUGAAUCAAAGACAACCUUACCUUCUGAGGAACAGGUGAAAGACCAUUCUACAGGAACCCAAGUGGUGGCAGGUCAGAUUUUCAUUGACUCUGAGGAACCAGAGUCUCACACUGAAGAUGGAGACAAUUUUAGGAGCCAAGAGGAGAAGGAAAGAUCUUUAGAGGACUUAAGCUCUCUAGAACUUUCAACUCUAUUAAAUAAGGACUUGGAAAGUGUAGAAAUGCAAAAACCAGUUUUGACAGCUAUUGGAGGUACUGCAGAUGGUGAGCCAUGCCACUUCCCCUUUCUCUUCCUGGAGAAGGAAUAUGCAGAAUGUACUGCAGAUGGCAGGGAAGAUGGCAGACUCUGGUGUGCAACAACAUAUGACUACAAGAGCGAUCAAAAGUGGGGCUUCUGUGAAACUGAAGAGCAGUCGAAUAAGAGAAGGCAAAUGCAAGAGGCAGAGGAUGUUUACCAGACUGGGAUGAAAAUCCUUAACGAGAGCAGUAAAAAGGCUCAGAGGAAAGAAGCCUAUCAAUAUCUUCUAAGAGCAGCUGACAUGAAUCAUACUAAGGCAAUGGAAAAGGUCUCUUACGCUAUGUUGUUUGGGGACUACCUGAAGCAAAACAUCCAGUCAGCUAAAGAGCUCUUUGAGAAGCUAACUGAAGAAGGAUCUCAUAAAGGCCAAACAGCCCUUGGGUUUCUGUAUGCAUCUGGCCUUGGUGUAAAUUCCAGCCAGGCUAAGGCACUUGUUUAUUACACUUUUGGAGCUCUUGGAGGAAACUUGAUCGCACAUAUGAUCUUAGGCUACCGAUACUGGGCUGGCAUAGGAGUCCUUCAGAGCUGUGAAUCUGCUCUCACACAUUACCGUCUAGUAGCCAACCAUGUGGCUAGUGACAUCUCUCUGACAGGAGGCACAGUGGUGCAGAGAAUUCGUCUGCCAGAUGAAAUUGAAAAUCCAGGGAUGGCGAGUGGAAUGCUAGAGGAAGAUUUAAUACAAUAUUAUCAAUUUCUAGCUGAAAAGGGGGAUGUUCAAGCUCAGGUUGGACUUGGGCAGUUACAUCUACAUGGAGGAAGAGGAGUAGAACAAAAUCAUCAGCGAGCUUUUGAAUACUUCAAUCAAGCAGCUAAUGCUGGCAACUCCCAUGCCAUGGCAUUUUUGGGAAAGAUGUACUCAGAAGGAAGUGAUAUUGUACCCCAAAGCAAUGAAACAGCUCUUCAGUACUUCAAGAAAGCUGCUGAUAUGGGCAAUCCAGUAGGGCAAAGUGGUCUUGGAAUGGCUUAUCUAUACGGAAGAGGUGUUCCAGUGAAUCAUGAGCUGGCACUGAAGUAUUUCCAGAAAGCAGCAGAGCAGGGAUGGGUGGACGGACAGCUUCAACUAGGCUCCAUGUAUUACAAUGGUAUUGGAGUCAAAAGAGACUAUAAACAGGCCUAUAAGUAUUUUAACUUGGCUUCUCAAGGAGGCCACAUUCUAGCUUUCUAUAACCUGGCACAGAUGCAUGCCACAGGCACCGGGGUGAUGCGCUCCUGUCAUACUGCUGUUGAGCUCUUUAAGAAUGUGUGUGAACGAGGUCGUUGGUCUGAGAGGCUCAUGACUGCUUACAACAGCUAUAAAGAUGGUGAUACAAAUUCUGCUGUGGUUCAGUAUCUCUUGUUGGCGGAACAAGGCUAUGAAGUUGCACAGAGCAAUGCUGCCUUUAUCCUUGAUCAAAAAGAGGCCAGCAUAAUAGAAGAGAAUGAAACCUAUCCCAGAGCUUUGCUACACUGGAACAGAGCAGCCUCUCAAGGUUACACUGUUGCAAGACUCAAACUUGGCGACUACCAUUUCUAUGGUUUUGGUACCCAAGUAGAUUACGAAACUGCCUUUAUUCACUAUCGCCUGGCAACAGAGCAACAGCACAGUGCCCAAGCCAUGUUCAACCUGGGCUAUAUGCAUGAGAAGGGACUUGGCAUCAAGCAGGAUAUUCACCUUGCAAAACGGUUCUAUGACAUGGCAGCAGAUGCUAAUCCAGAUGCUCAAGUUCCUGUCUUCCUUGCGCUCUGCAAAUUAGGAAUCAUUUAUGCCUUUCAAUAUAUCCAAGAAACCAAUGUCAAAGAGGUAUUCUCACAUCUUGACAUGGACCAGCUCUUAGGACCUGAGUGGGACCUUUACCUCAUGACCAUCAUUGCUUUGCUUUUGGGCACAGUGAUAGCUUACAGGCAGAGGCAGCAUCAGGCAAUCCCUAGGCCUGCAGGUCCCCGGCCAGCUGUGCCUCCACAAGAGCCUCCCCCAGAACAUCAGCCGCCACAAUAGCAGAAGCGAGUGUCUUGAAAUGAACUGGAUUUUCCAGCGGGGUUGCUCUUGUGAUUGUUAUGGCACUGGAUCAAUGGCCACAUCCACAAGAGAGACGAAGAAGCGUUGCAUUCUGAAAGCCGCUUAGAACGAUGCCUUCUUUUCAGGGAUAUGUAACUUUCUUCGAGACGGAUUUGAAUGUUAUUUCAGUGCCAAUGGAAUAACAAAAUAGCUUUUUGUGAAACACAAUUGUGCUACUUCACAAGUGAUGCCUGCUGUAUCCAGAUUGUUGUUCAGAGCCCUUUUCAGUCACCUCUUGAGAGUUCAGAUGCCCUUUCUGAUAGAAGUUGGCCUUCACAGAAAGGAACACCUAGCUGGGACUUCUUAUAACACCUGCAGAUGAAUCCUGGGCAAAGGACAAUGCUGUCUUUAAAGUGUGUUUGGUAUUGUGAUAAACUUGACAAUUUAUUUCCCUGUUCUUCCAAUUGUUUCUAAAGCCAUCUUUCUCCCUUAAUACUAUUUUCAGUACCUGAACAUCUUCAUAUCUGAGUACUUUUAACCUCCAAAAUACCAAUCAUAAGACACAGAUAAGACAAUCAGUAAACAUGAUAAAUGUACUACUUAUCCCUUCCUACAUAGCAUACUUCUUUCCCCUAGUAGCAAACAUGGUUAGCCCCCAGGGAUUAAGGAUAUGGACUGCAUUUAUAAAAUGAAAACACAUAAUUUAACUACAGCAGAGUUUGCAGAACUCAGAUUUAUCUGAAUGAUGCAUUCUCAAGAGCCUGUCGGUAACGGGUAGGACUUGCCCCACCCAAACCUCCAGGCAUUCAAGAGCACCUUCCCUUCUUGUAUUGUUCCACAGAGACACCAAGUUUAGCCAAGCAGGGGACUGAAAAAACAACCAGGAUUGGAGAAGCCUUCUGAGCUUAAUUGUAGACUGUCUUUUUCUACUACAAUUUCUUAUGGGGUAGUACUGGUUUGAUUUUUUUCAGUCCAUCAUGAUACAGUUCUAAUGAGUCUUAGACUCAUCUUAGACAGAAUCUUAACUCUGUAUCAUAGUGCUAGGGACUUGUGCUAUUGUGUGGUAUUACUGUAAGUGAAACCAACAUAUCUCACCAAAAUACAUAGGCUCCAAGCUUAUGUCAUAUGCUAUCUACUGGGGUGCAAAGUAUAAACUCACACUUACUAGUCUAGAUUCUGAAGAUAUCUGGUUUAAAAAGCAGCCUUACCAUUUAGACUAUACAGUACUAGUCUUUUCCGCACAAUCCAGUGCCCAUCAUGAUCUGGCUAGAGUAUGCGUGCAAUUUUCUGCUCCUUAGAAAAUAGAGAUUUUUUAAAACUUCAAAGCUUGUUGUCAUAAAGCAGCACCUAAGGGCCAGGUUUGGGUGGCGGUGGGGGGAAUCUCAUCUGUGAAGUUUCCUUUGCUGUCAAAUCAACCAUAACAUGCUCCAGGCUGCAGAUUCUUGCUAUUAUCCAAUUACAUUUUUAGUUAAGUUUAAUACAUAAAGUAAAGAUACAAGAUUGGCUCUCUGGCUGAAGACCUAGAUAGAAAUAAGCUGCUUUUUGUUCUUCAAUAGAUGUCUGUUUCUAGGGCAGCAUGAUAUAAGCUAUCAGUAGUGUUGAAAGCAGUGUGGUAUUUGAAUGCUGAUUCUUGCAGUCUAGACCACGUGUGGUACAUUUGAGAAGCAUGCAGUUUAUUCUGUGUACACCAACAGCUUUAGUUAAUAGGUAGGCCUUUUGAGUCAUAAUUCUCAUGUUUGGAGCACCAAGGGCUUCCUUCACAAGAUGAGAUUCUGUAUGGCUCUGAAACAUAAUGCAGAGCAAGACUGCCUUUCUAUUAAAUGUCCUAGAGCCUGUGGGAAGAGCUUUUAGCAGCUGAAGAUUUGGGGGCUUAAUUGCAGUAUUAUAAAGAUAGACAAUUUUGUAGAUGAUGAUAGAUCUUCAAACCGCACACAUUAGAGAGGUGAAAUGAAAAUCUCAUGUCAUGAGUAAAAGAUCUGAAAGAAUGAGGGGGGGGAGGGGGACAGCAUCAUUUAAAUCCUGCAUAUAGGCUCAGUUCAAAGAAGCAAUGUGUAUGUGUGGAGGAGAAAGAUUUGACACUUUCAGUAGCUCACACAGCCUGAGAGGUAAGCCAUUGUUAGCGGCUUGCCUCUUCGGCAAUGACAGCUGCAGCUCAAAAAUGUCAAGUCUCCUGUGUGUGCAUGUAACUUGUCUUAAUUGCAGCCAGAAUAAGUGCUCUUGAUUUCAGUGAGAUCUUAACUGAUAUGACUGAUUUCUGUGCAACGUAAGCAAAUUUCACUUUUUCUGGGAUGAAGACUAGUACCUGCAUAGUUUUCCAAAAUAUUCAUUUAUUUGCAUUUCCAUCUGACACUACAAUUUGUUAAAAUUGCUAUCUGCACCCCUUAAUGUUUUCUUUGAUUUCAUCAUUAUGUUCCAUGUUUUAUCUGUACCAGAUGAUAGCCCCCAUAUCCACCUUUUAUACUAAAUUAAAACUAUUUGGGGAAUUGAAUUAACUUUCUCUUAAUGAAGUACAUAAUAAGCAAUAAGUGUGUGUAUGGGUGUGGUGUUUGAAGUUUUACCAUUGCUUAAACUUAAAUAGUAUUCCUUUUGGAUGUAAUGUAAUUGGCAUUAAUUAUGUGGAAAAACAUCAAGCUAACUCAGGGAUUUAAGAAUGAGUAGAUUCUAGGUUAUCUGCCUAAAAUAUUGUUACUUUGAGCUCCUCUUCUGCUCUGAUCUAACCUCUUAAAAUUAUUUUAAUAAGACUAGCAUCUACCAGUACAAAAUUGCUUGUGCCCAAAAUUGGCACUAAGAAAAUAGGCUUUGACUUUUAAACUUUUAUGUGGUGUGAUUGUGUCCGCUUGCUUUUAGGGGCAGUAUCUUGUUAGAAUAAAUAAGGGAUGGGUUUUAAAUCUGAAUUGACUACUUCACAUAGAAGUUACAUUCAAGUUGUUCAAAUUUGAAAGCACUGUCUAAGUGGAAACUUAAUCCAAGGAGUAGUAGAAUAUAAAGAACUUGAUCUCCUGAAACUUCUCCUUUUCUAAUGCAUACUUUUUCUGAAAGUUGUCACUUAGUUGUGAACAGCAUGUUACAGAUAACUAUAUACUGUUUGAUUAACCUUGAGUACUGGAAUGUAAGUACUGCUCUCCAUAUGUAUGCAGAAAUUUAUCCUGAAACAUGCACAUGAAGCAGUGACAGUAUUUGAAUGAAGGAUUUAUUUAAGUCUUAAGUAGCUGAAGUAGAAGUACAUAUGAGGUAUUGCAAAUAACAGUGGCUAUACCACCACAAAUCUGAGUUCAAGCUUCUAGGUUCUGCCUUCCUCUUCAUGACUGUCAACAGACUUAUCUAAAUCUGUUUGUGUGUGAGUGAGUGAGUGAGUGAGUGUGUGUGUGUGUGUGUGUGAGAGAGAGAGAGAGAGAGAGAGAGAUUUCACUGAGACUAAUGUGUUUAGGAGGGGAAUAAGGGGGGAAAGAUUGCCUUUAAGAGAGCAUGAAGGUUUUCUUUGUUUUCCUUUAAAAAGAAAGGGCAUUGAAGGUUUUCCAUGUUCCAUCAAACCAAACACAACUUGGAAGCCCCAGUCUAACUAAAGGUAGUCACUGCUGUGAGGUCCAAUUUAGAGUUUUUGUGGCAUCUGAUAAACCAAUGGAACAAGUUAGCUGCAACUGAGACCUGAUUCGCAUGUGUUGCAGCACAUGGUAAACAUUUGUGGGAAUUUCAUAUGACUCAACAUCCUAUAUAAACCAAGUCACUGGUGCUUGUGUACAAAACAUCAGCAUGCCAGCAUCAUGUACUCCCUGGACUGCAGUGCCCUGGUGCAACUGAUUUGUUCCAUUGAUUUUCCCCCUAGAACCUAGGCCUCAGUCACAUGCAUAUCUACCUAGGUGUACAUGUCUGUUGGACAGAGUUAUUUUUAUGCAGUAAAUAUGCAUAGGACCGGGUUGCAGGACAUAGCUAACUCGUACUGAGUUAGGGCCACAGUUUUCAACCUGUAAUUUCAAAUAGGCAGUUCAUAUAAUUUGUGCUAAUUCUAAUAAGGGUUGGAACUUACAUGCUCAAGUCUUACUUCUACCAAUUCUUAAUAUUUAAUACAACAUACACUGAUUUUCCCCAGGUGUUUUUUUUUUUUUAAGGCUUGGUAUGAUUUGAGACCUGCAAGUGAAUGCAUACAGUUGCAGAGGGCUAGUGAAAGAAGUCCUUGUCUCCUGUUGGCCUGCCUAAGUCUCUAAGAGUGUAUAAGGAGUUUUGUAAAUUUCCUUUUGUAUUUAAGAUGAUGCAGUAUAAAGGCUGGAAAAGUGUAAUAUAACUGUGUAAACAAAUCCUGUUAAUAGAAAGAUGUACAGAUUCAUUUUGUACUAUAUCUUGUUGAAUAAAGAUGCCACUUUUUGUGAUUGGCCCUGUAAUGCUGAAA